ACACGAUGCUCUCCGGUUGCGUGGAAACCAAUCGGUCUCCUUUCAGCGUGCAAGUCCGAGCGUUCACGGAGGGCACGAAGCGAGGCGGAGGGACAGGCCGGGGAACGCGCCAGCCUGCUUCUCGCUGGGGUUUGCCGAUGUAAAAAAAAAAAAAAAAAAAAAAAAACGGAGCCGUGAAAUUUUAAAGAAUCGGUGAAACUUCCUAAGGCUCCCCGUCGUCAAACAAGAGGACACGCGACGGACAUGCUUCCCAGCUGUAGGGGAGGUUAACGCUCCAUACCUCCCAACAGGUGAUGCCCUGAAGGGAGUAUGUCCCCUGUCUUACCAUGCCACUGCUGUGCUAUUGGCUGCUGCGACACUCUGUGGUCAUGUGCCUUCUGCUGCACAGCCUGGUGCUGAUGACGCUCUGCCUCCACCACGCAGCUACGUCCUGCUCGAAGCGCUGCUACUGCUCCGAGAGUGAGGGCCCGUCCGGGGGAAAGACCACACGCUGCAGCAACCUGCGCCUCACCGAGGUCCCACGGGACAUCCCCAACGACACGCAACGCCUCUACCUGGACUACAACCUGCUGACCAGCAUCCCCGCCAGUGCCUUCCAGGACCUGCCCCUGCUGGCCGAGCUCGACCUGUCCCACAACGAGCUGGCCCUGCUGGAGCCCGGGGCCUUCCAGGGCCUGGCUGGCUCUCUCCUGUUCCUGGACCUGUCCUCCAACCAGCUGUCCACGCUGGACCCCGAUGCCUUUGAAGGCGUGCGGGCCCGUUCCAACCUGACGGGCAACCCCUGGCACUGCGACUGCCGGCUUCAGACGGCGCUGCCGCAGCUCGACCUCGAACCCGUGUCCCUCACGGGCAUCGUGUGCCAGACAGCGGAGCCCGACGACUCCGAUGCCAAAGGUGUGCCUUUCCUGCUAGCCAAAGACCUGGACCUGUGCGUGGUGCUCAAAAAGACCACAGACGUGGCCAUGCUGGUAACCAUGUUCGGCUGGUUCACCAUGGUCAUCUCCUACCUGGUCUAUUACGUUCGCCACAACCAGGAGGACGCCAGGCGUCACCUGGAAUAUCUCAAGUCUCUGCCCAGCAGGCAAGGCAAGUCUGAGGAGUCUUCCACCAUCAGCACUGUGGUUUAAGCCAACCACAUGCUUAUCGCUAACGGAGGAAACUCCUCAGGCUCCCGCUAGGCAAUGGGGAUGUUUGGCAUCACAAAAAGCUGUGCUAGAGUCAGAGCUGCUAUACGGUAGCGGGCCAGUAAAAAAGGACUGAUGUUUCUAGAGAGGGGCGGGGCUUGGUGGGCCACCAAUCCUCAACCACUCACACUCUAAGGCUCACUUCAGUUUAGCAGGUCAGCAAGUCAAAGUAACCCGGCUCAGCGGCCUCGUAAGGGGGCCAGAAGAAGCCGGCCGCCAGCCUGGAGCUCAGGUCUUGGGGUGAGCAAAGUCCACGGUCAGAGAGAGCUGAGACAGUUCGUCCUCCAGGACUGGCGGUGCGACUGCAGAGACGCAAAGGCCAUCUAAUCUUAUCCACGUGAAUAAUUGAUCCAGAGCUGGGUGGCCUGGCGCCCCACACUGGCUGAGCAGCAUGACUGCGCCGGACACUUUUUAAAGGAGUAGCUGUUGUUUCUUUCUUCUUCCUCCCAGCUAGGUCUUUUUUUAGGAAGUUGCCCCAUUUAGAUGCAAGAGCAUGCAGCACUCCCGUUCCGUCAGAAUAUUAACAAGCGAAAUCUGGGAGUACGUCUCUGCAGACCGAAGCCACAUCUUAUAACAGAGCCAUGUGUAAACCCACAUACCUGUCAUUUCUGCAGGCAUUCCCAACAAGCAUAGUACUGUAAGAUUUUAGAAUAUAAAGAUAUGCUUUAUUUUUGUCCCGAGUCACAGAACUAAUGAUGUAGAAAUGAAACCAGAGCAAACCUUCAUCGUUUUAGGGUUCUCUAGGGUUUAGCAUAAUAUUUUUAUUCUUAGCUUGAUUGACAGUAGGUCCGCACCCUCACCCCUCCACACCCCCCCUCUCCCCCUUCCACACCCCCCCUCUCCCCCUUCCACACACUGCAACUCUGUCCCCUGCCCCCUCCUCACCCUUCAGCUCCGCCCCUCACCCCCAGCUCCGCCCCUUCUCUAGCUUGAGACGGGGCACUGCAUACCUAAACGUAACUCCCAUGCUAAUCCUUGCUCGACUGCAGCGUCGGACUUUCGAAUAAGUGCAGCCAACGUGUCGAGUCUCGUACACAAAUCUGAUUCAAAACUCAUGAGCAGUGGCUUGUGAAACGGAAUUUUUGUGUGAGGCAUCUUACACUCGCCGUGGGUUCUCUGCACCUGAAUGAUAAGGGCCUCUUUUUAAAAUGAAAACUACUCAUGCAGUAUUGGAGUCUGCAUUAUUUAAGGGGUUUGACAGAUGUAAGGAACUGUCACAAAUGUUUCCCUCUAAAGCUUUUCUGCAGAUUAAUACACUGGUAUGUAAAACUAUUUUUUAGGUUUAUGAAGAGCUGCAUAAACAUUUCAUCAUUAUCCUGUUAAGAACUACACAAUCCCAAGAACUAUGGUUUUUAUUAGUAGUAGCAUUAUUACUAUUAUUACUAUUACAGAUGCAUUUUUACAUUGUAGCUAUACAUUUUGGUUUCUUCCAAAUACCGUAUUCAGGAUGCACUCUAAUGGAAAAAUCGAACACUGAUGUAAUCACACUUUAUUAAAGAUACUGUAACACACUAAA